UUUUGUUCUACAAAGUGGUUCACAUACUUUUUCUUGCAACUGUAUGUGUGUGUAAGAGACUGUUUGUCCACAGAGAUAACUUCAACAACAAGUAUGCUUGAUUGACAUGCAUUUGAAGAAUGCUGUCUUGAGAAAGCCUUGACUCCCGCUGCAACUAAUACAUUAUAUUAUGUGUGAGCGUGUGAGAGAACACAUAAAAAGGUGUACUCUGACCAAUGAGAGGAAAGUUUUACUUGCAGGUGAAUUGCAAAGAAACUUUGGUACACUUUGAAAUGUUGCUUGGUGAAAACCGAACCAAAGAAAUGUAACAUUUAACAAUUUAGGUCCCUGUUUCACAAAAGCAUACAGUCUACAGGUGUGAAAAUACAUAGAUCACUUUCAUUUCUUAAUACCUACAUAAAUUUACAUUUGCGUUGAAACUGUUUUAUUAAUGCCAAUUAGAACUGUAAAGAUGCCAUUCAUACUUCAUAUAUUGGUUUAUUAUAUGCAUGUUUCCAGUUUUAGAGUUUAAAGACAGACCUGGAUGUGUUGCAACUGAGUUGUUUUUAAGGUUAAACAUUUCAUCAUGUCAACUCAUUGGAGGGCAGCAGGCCUUAUGAUAAUGUUUUCUGAGACAAGGAGUGAUUCAGUUCACAAAGACUAUUUUCCAGAUAUGACCUAGGAAUGCAUUUUUAUUUGGACAGGAGAUUUGGAGUUAUCCUGGAGAUGUUCAUGAGUUUGUUUAAUUCUUUUAACUCUGGCAUGACUUGCCUCACCUUGUACAACAUACUUUCAGACAGACUUUAAAAAACUUCUGAAAAGAUAGAUAGCAUGUGACAUAUUUUGACUGCUUCUUCAGGUUUAACCGGUUUCUCAUGUUUACAGUUCCUGCAGCUUCAGGUAUAAAUUGAGCUCUUUUAAGCAAACUGAAGUUACUGCACUGUCUGCCUGAAGAAAAGCAGGUGUACAGACUUUCAGCAUUAAUGUUUUAUUUAAACAGGCAGAUGAAACAUCAACCACAUAACCUUCACCAAGAUAACUAAAAUCCACAUUUUUGGAAGGAUCAGAGAAUGUUCUGGGACUGUUGUAACAAGUUUCACAGUAACAAAGACGUAACUGGAUCUCAAGCUGGGCCAAAUGUCAGCGCUGCAGCUAAGAGUGGAAGCCAUAUUACAGCACCUGCACUUACUAACAAUACAAUAACAGGCAAUGUCCACAUCAUACAUAAUGCACCUGGUUUCACUGGGUAUCACACAUACUCUGAAAAAACACAAACAUCAGAAAUCAGCUCAGCGAUUCACAAAUACAAGAAGCUGAUCUGCAGUGAAUACCAGUAUGUGACUGAGUAUAACUCCCUGCCUGGUGAACAUGUGCUGCUGUCUGAGCGCUACACACAACCUCUGAUCCUUCAGAGACAUAGAGGUCAAAAAGAGAGAGAAGAAGAGAUCUGCUCCAGUGGAGAAAGCUUCCAGCAGGUCCUCAGCUCCAGGAGCAGUGAAGACUCUGUCCAUCUGAACUCUCUGUUCGACUCAGAUGGUCAUGGUAUCAGUCCUAGUGCUGUUAUACUGCAGGGAAAUUCUGGGAAUGGGAAAUCCUUUACUGUGCAGAAGAUCAUGAUGGACUGGGCAUCUGGUGACCUCUACAAGCAGCUGUUUGAUAUCGUGUUCCACUUAAAGUGUAAAGAAAUAAACCGCAUUCCUGGCAAAAACUAUUUGGUGGAGAUCUUGAGUUACAGCUGCAGUUUAACAUCGGAUCAGAUCUCACAGAUUUUACAGUAUUCACCAGAGAAGGUGCUUUUCAUCAUUGAUGGAUUUGAUGAGCUGAAACUCACAGAUGAAAUUUAUGACACGUCACCAAACACUGAUCCGCUUCAGAAAGCCCCACCUGUGGUCAUUCUUUGUGACCUGCUGAGGGGUCGAAUCCUGCCAGAGUCCUUCCUGCUGGUCACCUCCAGAUCUACAGCUACAGACACACUGAGUAAACUGCUCAAAGGACCUCAGCGUUUCUCUGAGAUAAUGGGAUUUUCUGAGAAGAGAGUGGAGGAGUACUUCCAGAAGUUUUUUCAGAAUGAGGAGCUUUUCAGGAAGGCUUAUACAUAUGUGAAAGCAAACGAAACCCUCUUCACUGCCUGCUCAAUCCCUGUUGUCUGUUGGAUCAUCUGCACAACACUCAAGGAACGAUUUGAAAUUGGUGUAGAUGCAACAAGUGGACUAGAAACCACCACCUCCGUCUACGUUGACUUUGUGUCCACUCUACUGGAGCAUCACUGCCAGGGUUUGAGUCAGUCCGUCCCGAUCCUGCUGAGGAGUCUGGGUCAGCUGGCAGAGAGAGGGAUUCUGGAACAGCAAGUCUUGUUGGAUGAGAAAACUGUUUAUGAAACAGUUUCAGACCCUGCUUGCAGUCCAUUCCUGUGCAAGUUGCUCUUCAAGAGAAGAAUCCACCAGGAGACGAUGUUUAGUUUCAUGCAUCUCAGCUUUCAGGAGUUCUUCACUGCUCUGUAUUAUGUCCUUCUGGAUGAAGAAGAGUCCCAGAGGAAACUUACACAUAUAUUUUCCAUUCCUGGCUCAGACAGUACUAGUUGUUCUCCUCCACGUUUUGCAGCUGUGGUGCAAUUUGCCUUUGGCCUUUUGAAUAAGCAUGUGAUACACACACUUAGGAAGAAACAUAAUUUGGUUGUUCAUCCAAACAUGCAGGCCUAUCUGAAAAAAUGGAUUUUGGAACAAUGUGGUUCAUAUUCAGACAGAACACUGUUUUUUCUUAAUUGUCUCUAUGAAAUCCAUGAAGAUUACUUUGUGAAAGAAGUUAUAGAAGCCUGGAAGAAGAUUGAUGCAUAUGGCGCAUUCCUAAGAAGAACAGACUGCUGGGCCCUGCUGUACUGCUCUCAGUGCUGUCAGUGCAUCAACGAACUUCUUCUCGUUGAUUGCCAAUUAACAUCUGAAAAGUUGUUUAUGAUUCUACCUGCACUCCACAAAGUUAAGGAAUUAUGGGUGACUCCAGAAGAUCUGUCAGACUCUGAUCUUGUUGAACUGCUAUACGCUCUCCUGAGAGGACAGACCCUGAGCUCACAACAUAUUGAUAUCGAGUCCAGAAAUCCAAAAUCUGAGAAUUAUUCUGAUGAAAGUCUGAGUCUGUCAUUCAGUGAAGAGCAAUCCAGGAUCUCCAUAAUACCUCCAUGCCGUCCAAACCAAACAGCAUCUUUGCAAUCACUCAGUCUCACAUUUCCACGCGCAGGGCUAAUCGACAUCAACUGGACCAGAUUUUUUCAGAUAAUUUUUUCAGAUGAUUCAGAUGCAUUAAUGUCUGUUCUCUAUUCUUUCUCUACACUGAAAAAGAUGCACAUGAGUGUGGACUGUCUGAGUAAGAAGUGGUCUGUUUGGACCCUCCAGAUCAUCCAAAACUGCUCCAGUCUGACAGAACUCAUGGUAGAUGCUAACUUUUUACUGGAGGAAGGAAUCAAGCUUUUGCAGAGGUCACGCACAAGACCAGCCUGUAUUAUGUCAUUUAAGGGGUUGAUAUGCAAUAAACAGUCUCGAAAAUGCACGCGUUAUAAUGACCGUCAACUCAGCUGCAACCAGGAGGUGAAGAUUCAUCUGAAUUCCCAGGGCUUUUCUAUUGAGACUUUGCCAAAGCCCCUGUUUUGAAACUAAUGGCACAGCUUGACAACUAGGAGAAAGCUGCCAAAGCAUCUUUACCUAGAGCAGGGAAUGGGAAUAAAGACAUCAACCAAGUAUAUCUAAAAUCAUUUAGGUGCGUUGUAAUAGCAAUAGUCGUGUUAAUUUAUUUGUCUUUUGUGUUUCAUAAUACAUACUGUUUUACUAUGUUGAUACUUAAUUGUCUACAUUUAACAGUUCAGAGAUGAAUGAUAAUAUAGUUUAUGUGAAGACAAGUAUUUGAGAUUAUAUAUUGUGUGACCAUGUGAGAUAUUGUAUGUAUGCAUGCAGAAGAAAAUUCUAUAUAGCAGUUGGUGUUUUAAAUUAUGCAGUGUACUGACAAGCAUAAUUUAAAACUAUUUACUAUUUGAUGAUGUUUAUCACUGCCACAGUUAAAUGACACAUAUAAACGACAGGGUUUAAGAUUUCGGUCCACCCCUAGUUUAAUGAGGCAUGAUACAAAAUAUCUUUAGUCCCUUAGUGUGCAAGCCAAAAGCGACUGUGGGAAGGAAUGAAAAACUCCAAUUCUCCUGUGGCUGUACAUUCAAAAUGUAGAGUCAAUAUAGAUUCAACUGUUAAUAGUAUGUUGUCAUCAUUGUACAAAUUGCCACAGUUGUACACAUAAAACUUUAUUUUAGGGACUUGACUGUUGAUGUCUUUUAGAAGAGUCAUAUUAGAAUCUGUAAUUUAUGUUCUGAUUUCACAGUAAGACUAAAAACAAACCAAUAAAACAUGAAAACAAA